UUUAGGUCAAUUUCUUAGCAGACGAAAAACUUCCGUUAAAACUAUGGCAGCUUCUGACGAAGAUGCGAAAACAUAUAUUACUCUAAAAAGAAAAAUUUCACCUCAGAAGACAGCAUUUCCACCAAACGCUUACCCGGUAGAUGUUAAUGAAGCACACAAACAAAGUGCCAUUGUUAGAUCGACUGAAUAUGAUUCUGGGGGAUUAGGAAGUCCGCCGAAAAAAAGACUCUUUGUAACGGUAGACGCCGAAGGUAACCAGGUACAGGUGGAAGUCCCUCAUAAUGCUUUGCCUGAAAGUGUUAAUCCCGAUGAUACUAACUCAUACAUUGUAAAUGCGGAAGAUAUAAAUCUAGACUUGUCAUCAUAUUCUUAUUCCGUGGUGGUAGAUGGUAUUGUAGAAGAUGUUGAUCUGAAUGACUGUCAAUACACUGAUGAACCUGUAAAAGGAAGCCUGAAACCCGAUGAAUUGGAUGAAGGUGAAAGUGAGAGUGGUGAUGAUCAUGAUGAUGUUGAAGAAAAAGCUUCAGCCUAUAUGAUUUCAGAGCCAGAUGAUGCAGAUCCUUUAUUCAAAUCACAUUAUCGCAUGAGUCGUAUAGUUGCUUCAGAACUCAUGGAUAAAAUUGGUUCACAUCCAAAAAUGAAUGGAAGAGUUCAGACUCUUGAACAAAAAGUAUUGGCAUCUCUGUUUCUCCUCGGAAAUAAGACCAGCUACAUCGUUGCCUCGGACAAAUUCCAUAUGUCCAAGGGAUCGCUGUAUUUGACUCUUAAAAAUUUUUGUCAGGUUCUAACAGAGAUGAGAAGUGAUUACAUUAAGUGGCCAGUUGAUCAGAUAGGACUUAGAAAAAUCGCACAAGAAUUUGAGCAAGAAACAGGACUACCAGGUGUAGUUGGGGCAAUUGAUGGAAUACAUUUCCCCAUCAAACAGAAAUCUCGCCUGGCACAUGCCUACCGCAAUAAUCAAAAUUAUCUUAGUAUCCACAUGCAAGCAGUCUGUGAUGCCAAUCUUAUGUUCCUAGAUGUCCAUUGUGGCAACCCUGGCUCGGUUGAUGAUGAGACAGUCUACAGGUCCUGUGACUUGCGAGAUAAACUUCUGCAUGAUCCUUUACCAGCAGAUCUUCAUUUGGUCGGUGAUUCAGGCUAUCCUCUGGAGCCUUUUAUGUUGACCCCAUAUCCUGGAGAUAUUCGACGCCUGACUUCCACUCAGAGAGAAUUCAAUGAACGGCACAAUAAUGCUCUACUGGCAGUUAAACUGUCCCUUCAACUUCUGCAGGGUAGAUUCCAGCGUCUGAAGUUCCUGGAUAUGGAAAGAGAAUCUGAUAUCCCUGUCACCAUAGUGGCCUGUUGUGUUCUUCAUUGUUUCUUACUACAGGAAGAGUGUGAAGAAGAUGAUGAGUUUUUAGAUUUUACAGACAUUGACCCUAACCCUGACAUCAACAAAUCAGAGAAAGAGCUUCGUGCUUUGUCCAAUCAUUACCAGCCAGAGGCUGCUAGCAAAAGAGAUGUUCUGGCAAAUCUUAUCACUCCAGUUUGAGUUAAUAUUUAAGUUAAACUUUAUUCUUGAGUUCAUUUUUAGUGUUGAGAAUUAUUUUUUUUGAGAAUGGACAAAAAUGUCAUUUUCAUUGUUUUUAUUUCUGAGCACAUCACAAAAUAUAAGUUGUUCAUUCAAAUAGUUUCUAUACUUUAAAAAAAAAUUUCAGUAAAUUUCUAUCUUAAUUAGGCAGCAUCUUCAACUAGUAGUCAUUUUAGAUGUUCAUUUUUCAAUUAUACAAGUUCUAUUUUAAAAAGUUAAGUUUUCUUCAUGUGUCAGUAAAUGUGCAAUAAUAGAAUUUGCAUCCUCUGUUUGAGACCCCUCAACUCAAGAAAACAUUAAGAAUCUGGAACAGACACAAAAUAGAGCAGUGAAAUUUAUAACAAAAGAGUUUUCACAUUUGACUAGAGUAGCACCUUUAGUAAAAACACUAAAUUUAGAAAGCCUUCAGGAGAGAAGACUCAAAAGUAAAGUAGCAAUUAUAUAUAAAACACCGAACUAUAAUCUUCAAAUACAAAAACAAAAUCUAAUAAAGUACCCAGAAAGACACAAAGAUAAAGGCACAUUCCUCACCCCAUAUGCUAGGACAAAUUUGUACAAAUGCUCCUUCUUCCCUAGUGCUAUUAGAGCAUGGAAUGAGUUGCCUGAGCCAGCCAGAAAAACCAGUAACUUGGCAGAAUUUAAGUCAUUGGUUAACAUGCAUGACUAGAUGCAUGACGCUUAGGACGUAAUCAUCUUCUUUCUUGAAGUAACGUUUGUAUUAUAUAAGAAGAAGAAGAUAAACGCACAACAAUUAGUAGUUGAGCCUACAUUCUGAUCCAAAUGAAAAAAAAGGCAAAAAUAUGAAAUUUCAUUACUGGUUGAUAGUCAUUUAGUCAAUAAAAUAAAAUAUUUGUCUAACUAUUGAAAACAAUGUCCUCAGAGUAAGCGUGGUUAUAUUUUUAUGACAGAAUUUUUUUCUUGGGUAUCUUGGAUCUUUCUGCUGCAUCUCAAUUUGUUAUUCUGCAUGUGAUGAAAAAAUAUGUGCUUAAUAUGUAAGAUAUUUAAGACCAUGAUAAACUAUAUUUGUUGUCACUGCUGUUUGUAAAUCCUAACAAAAUUUUAACAAAUUAAUUUCUGCCCUAAUGUUGAAAUAGAUUCCUUUUUUUUUUUACAUUUCUUUGAGAAUAUUCUUGUACAUAUCAGUGGGGCUAUUUGCACUUGUUUUACUUUACAUUGUUUUAAAAAAGUAUAAUAGAAAUUUCUUUUCACUGAAAGCUUGCAUUUUAGUGCAUAUACCAAACAUUAUUUCUGUAAGUACACAUUUACAUGUUCUACUUAAUAAUACGUUACAAUGGACUUAAUUGAUGGGGGAAAAGUAAUAUUUUUUUUAAAUUGUAUCUUUAUGAUAAUUAAUUUUUAUAGUAAUGUUAACAAAAAAUAAUGUAAACUCAAGGCCAUACAAGAACUUAAAAGACAUAAAAACAAGAGUUAAAAUGACAAACUAAUAACUAAUCUAUAUAGGUUUUGAACAGGUAGAUCUAGGCCUUAAUGUAGUGAAGCAUGUGGUUUGUCUGAGUUUAGAAGGGAGCGAAUUUCAAACCUUUGAUUCAUGUACUCUUUUUUGAGUUGUAUUAACAGCAUUCUUUAAAAUAACAUGCCAAACAUAUUACUAGGUUCUAAAAUACAAGCAUUUUAUUUUUUCAGUUUUUCUUGGGUGACUUUUAAAUUGUAUCACGUCUUUCUUUAUUUGUGAUAUUAAUGUGAUAUAAAUUUAGUAUCAAUUUAAUUAUCUUGCAUAGUAAUAUAUUGACAUAUAUAUUGACAUUAUUGUUACCUAAUUUUAAAAUUGUUCAAUGCCUUUCUUUACAUGUGAUACUAAUGUGAUAAAGUAACCUUUUAAUUAUGUAACAUAAUGAUACAUUAAAAUUUCUGUUACCUGACACAGCCUGUGAUAUUGAUGUCAUCAGAUUCUUAUAUUGCCAUAAAAUCUAUCUCUUUACUUAACACCUAUAUGUUUUUUAACUUGUUAAAAAAACAAUUGCAAAAAUGUUGGUUUUCUGUUCUAAAAAUGUUUUCUGUUGGUCAAUGCAAAUUCAGAAAAGACUUCAAGGAAGUCUACAUUUAAUGCUGGUAAUUUAGUAAUGCUUCAAAAUGUUUUCAAUGUUAUUAUCACACCCCACUUAAGCUUGAAAUAUAUUUUUCAUUUUAUUAAAACUUGUUUUUACAGGCCAGCACAAAUUGUUUCAUUUGUUCUAUGAGUUGACCUUUUGACUAUCAGUAAUUGUGUGGUGUAGUUAUACAUUUUUAAUAGGUAUGCCCUAACUAAGACUUGUUCAGAGUUUGUUGAAGAAAGUUUACUAUUUUUGUGAACAUCCUAUUGAUUAUUAUAUUGUUCCUCAAACAGAAAGCUGUAAUAUUUUUAUUCAUGAACAUUGUAUUUAUUCAACAAAAUACUCACAAAAAAUAUAUUAAAUGCUGAUGAGUUUUUCUAUUUAAAAUGGGCUUUACAUUAAGGUCAUUAUUUGUAUUUUAUGCAAUACUUCUCAUUGUAGUCAUUCCAUAUAUUAUGUCCUAUUUUAUAUUCAUAAUUUCAAAAUCUCACAAUAUUUAGUUUCUGUCACUCAAAUCAAAGCUCUUAAGACCAGGCAAUCAUGAAAUACCAUUAACAUAUCAGCUAUAACAAGCUAGUUUACAUUUUAAAUUCAUAGUUGUUGUUUUUUCAUUUGCCUUAAAAAAAAAACCACCUUCCAACACAUUUUUAUUAAGAUUUGGACUCCGCCAUCAGCAUUCCUUUUUCUUUAACCAUACUUUUUUUUCCUUGAGAUUUUUUCACUGCAUCUUUGUGUUUUCAUGUAGGCAGCAGCUCAUUGAAGUAGUUUUAAAACCAGAUAAAGCAAUUAAAUUGGCUUCUUUUUUUUUUACAUUUAUUUGUUACUUUACAUGUUCUAAUCUCAAAAUAUUUAAAAAUGUUUACAUUUAGUUUAAAUGUAUUAAUGAAAUAAAACUUCAACUUGA